UGCCUAGGUAUAUGACCAUCAGUUCAACCCCCCAUCAGGGUCUUCAUCUCACUUCCAGCCAGUCAACCAUUUGCACACAGGAAUUCAGGGUAGGGGGAUCAGGCUCCAGAGCAUUCCAGGAGUGAGGUAGCACAUGCGUAAUUGUUUUAUUUUUAUUUUACAUGUCGGCCUUUGACUGUCUUCUCAACAUUUUUGUAUCAGGGUGGAGCUGGAACCUGGCACUUUUACCUCCAUGGAUCCCCUAAACCUCACUUGGUACAACGGUGACAUCAGUGACAGGAACUGGAGCAAGCCACUCAACGGGUCCAAUGCAGACCAGAAGCCUCAGUUUAACUACUACGCCAUGCUGCUCACCCUCCUCAUCUUUGUUAUUGUUUUUGGCAAUGUGCUGGUGUGUAUGGCUGUGUCCAGGGAAAAAGCCCUUCAGACGACCACUAAUUACCUGAUCGUGAGCUUGGCAGUGGCAGAUCUCUUGGUAGCAACUCUGGUCAUGCCUUGGGUGGUCUAUCUGGAGGUGGUUGGCGAGUGGAGGUUUAGUCGGAUCCACUGUGAUAUCUUUGUAACCCUUGAUGUUAUGAUGUGUACUGCCAGUAUCCUCAACCUCUGUGCCAUCAGCAUUGACAGGUACACCGCAGUAGCCAUGCCGAUGCUGUAUAACACCCGCUACAGCUCGAAGCGCAGGGUCACGGUCAUGAUUGCCGUGGUCUGGGUGCUUUCGUUUGCCAUCUCCUGCCCACUCCUCUUUGGCCUCAACAACACAGAUGAGAACGAGUGCAUCAUUGCCAAUCCUGCCUUUGUCGUGUAUUCCUCCAUCGUGUCCUUCUACGUUCCUUUCAUCGUCACGCUGCUGGUGUACGUGCAGAUCUACAUCGUGCUCCGGAAGCGCAGGAAGCGCGUCAACACCAAGCGCAGCAGCCACGGCCUGGACUCGGACACACGGGCCCCGCUGAAGGACAAAUGCACUCAUCCAGAAGACGUCAAGCUCUGCACAGUUAUUGUGAAGUCCAAUGGGAGUUUCCAAGUUAAUAAGCGCAAAGUGAUUCUUGUCCAGGAGGCGGAGAGUCACAUAGAAGAGAUGGAAAUGGAGAUGGUGUCCAGUACCAGUCCCCCUGAGAAAACCACCAUCAGACCUGUGGUACCAUGUAACCAUCAGCUGGUUGUGCCAGUUGCUUCUAAUCAGGGCACCAACUCGACCCUGCAGGCACCUUUGGACAGCCCUGGAAAAGUAGAGAAGAAUGGACAUGCCAAAGAAACACCCCACACAGCCAAGGUCUUUGAGAUCCAGUCUAUGCCCAAUGGCAAGACAAGGACCUCUCUCAAGACUGUGAGCAGGAGGAAACUGUCACAACAGAAGGAAAAGAAAGCCACCCAGAUGCUAGCCAUUGUUCUCGGUGUUUUCAUCAUCUGCUGGCUCCCGUUCUUCAUCACUCACAUCCUGAACAUGCACUGCGAUUGCAACAUCCCCCCGGCAAUGUACAGCGCCUUUACGUGGCUCGGAUAUGUCAACAGUGCUGUCAACCCGAUUAUUUACACCACCUUCAACAUCGAAUUUCGCAAAGCUUUCAUGAAGAUCCUCCACUGUUAAAAGUAAAAACAGCAACCACAUUUUUCAGAGCGAGAAGAAAGAAACCCAUGCCAUUCACGCACACAAAUGGGCAGCCGUGGAGAGGUUUCGAGCUCUUGUACCGGGCGUGAGGCCCACGGUGUUACAGCAGUGCCGUGCCCAUGCACCUCCUGGCGGGGAUGGAACAAGGACCUUCAUGUGGGGGGUUCUUUCAUCCCUCGUGGUGACCUUCAGACUGUGGGACAUCAAUCCCAGGGGCACUUUUCAGAGCUACCCUCACACUGUGUUUAAAGUGGAAGCAAAAGUCAAGACACACUCACUUGAUUCUUGCCUGUGGCCAUCAAACCUUGAGUGCAUUAAACACAGACAGUCGCAGGGGCACGCGCGGGUGCCACAGGUCACUGCUGCCACUGGCCUGCGUGUUCCGUCAUCGGUACAACUCUCACCAAAGACAAGACCAUCUUUUCCGCUUUGCAAUAGGAGCCAGACAGAGCUUGCGGAAACUCCGUGCAAUAGCUUUGCCUUCACCUUGAGCUGACUUACCCAGUAUUAAACUGCUGAAGCCUUGAGAAAAAAAACAAACUUUAAGAGGUCCCCAAGUGGGCUAAGAAGGUUCUGCCACCUACAGAUCCAAUCCCCGCAAAAACGUGGGCCUCCAAGCAAUGGGCAGAAGGAAGAAGGGGAGCAUAAGCCUCACGUGGGACCACUACAUCAGUGUAAAUACGAAUAAAUAGGAUGAAUUGAACAGAAGGCCAAGCCAAAAAACAGACGGAGGGAAACUAAAGAACUGAUCCCUUGUAUUGCAUGGUAUACAUUCAGAUCAAACAGGACACCAAGUACUACCCAUCAUCAGCCAGCCCAGCAGCAAUUCUUGCCCACCAGCGUUUCAUCUCCAGUCUCUUACAAGAAGUUUCAAAACUAGGUGAGGAGCGUUAGUAAAGCGGUAAACGUCGAAACAUGAAGAGAGUGUGCUGGGUGAGGCGUCGGCAGCCACCUCUGCCUCGGAUGUGAACUUGAACAAGUCAGCUAAGUUAGGUCCGGUUCUCGCCUAACUGCAGGGUGCCACGAAGCCAAGGACCACCUCAGAUACGAUUCGCCUAUGUCUCUCAGUAGAGAGAGGACAGAAUAACAUCGUGCCUGAUUUAAAUUAACAGUAAGUGAGAUAAAACUGUGUGUUUUGAAAAAAAAAGCCAGAAUAAAAGCCCAAGAAGGUCCCUAGCUGGACCUGCACCUGUGUCCAGGUUGGACUCUGGAAAGGUCUGGGUGUUUCCAGCAUCCCUUACCCUCUGGUGUCUGUCUUUCAAGGAUUUAAACAACUGAAAACCCGCAGCAGCAUAAUUUCACCACGCUGACUCUGGCAUUGCCAAAUCCACACUGUACUUACUAACUGUACUCAGUUCACAAUAUAUUUUGUAAUAUGUCUGUAAAUAAAACAAUAGUAAGAUGAAUAAAAUGACAUGGAAAUAGGUCUGGCUAGAAAUUAAUGUGGAAUCUGGAGAACUGGGUGAUUACAAUAGCCAUAGCGCAGAGGCAGGCUCCCAGAGUUCUAGUUACCUAAAGAUGCUAAAACACAACCCAGGGAGCUGUGUAGUCCCUUGUCUCUCUGUGCAGUUCGUGGAAUAGUCACACAGUUUCUGCUUCUGAACAGAAAAAAGACCACUGCCAAGGGGGGUUUCUUUUACUCCCUGGUUUUCCUGUGUUGCUACCGAAGCAUUUUGCGGUGGGCUGGACGGUGCUGGUAGGAUGUGUUCCACCUGGGUGUGAAGAAGAGAUUUUGUCCAGCAGUUAUCACACACGCUCUCAGCUGUGCCCUGAAUUGAAACACAAGUCCCACCUUGAUCCAAGGGUUUCCAUUCCAAACCUCGUCUUCCUGGAAGAGGCCAAUACCCAGUGUUACUAUUUGUAUAACACCUGAACGUGGCUCCUCAAGGUCUGUUCACCGCUGUAAAUGUAGAUACAGAGUGACCCCAGGGAUGCCUGAUCGUGUCCCAGCUUAGUGAAGGGUUUGAGCAUAUACCCUCAGCAGAAACGGGUCCUGCGUGUAAACUGACGGGAGAGCACGCGGUUGUCAGAGCGACGCUUUGGUGACAGACGUGAGGCGGGUCUUACAUGAUGCUGUCAGAGCAAAACGCUACGAACACGUACGCGGGGGCCCGUCGCUCUUCUGUCUUAGCACUGUCAUGCGCGGUUAGGAAAGCUCUGUGUUUUGUAUGUGAACAGAAUCACAGGCAAGGGGAAAAGCACUUCUUACAGAAGCACAGGAAACUUUCCAAUCCUUUUUAAUCCGAAAGUUGGAAACUCUAGAGAUCCCAGGCACACUUUAUCUGAUCUUUCCUUUUUUUUUUUUUUUUUUUUUUUUCUAAUUUUAACAAAGCAAGUUCACUCAGUGAUGGGAAUCAACUCAGACUGGUAUUACUUAAAAGAUUCAAAGAAUAAUGUAAAGUCACCAGCUUUUUUUUUUGGUGGAAAAAUACUAACCAGCUACGACUCCAUUUUCUAACGUAUUUACAAUCGCAGCGCAGAGAGGAGCCAUUUGACCUGGUGAAUUAACGGGUGGGGAGUUGUUCAUUCACUAAGUCAAAUGGUACCUUUUGGCUUUGUGAUUCAAGAUAGAAAACUGUAUGAAUAUAGACAAAAAAAGCUUUAAAGCGUUUGGAAGUUGCCGUAGGUGAUAUUUGCCCUGCACUAAAUUCUCAACAUAAGCAGAUUGUGAAUGAUGUCUUAACUUUGUGCUAUAAUUUUAUUUUGUGUUCAGCGUUAACCCAGGACAAAAUCACCGUCUUCAAUGCCGUGUACCUUGUUUAAAUUUUUUUUUUUUUCUGAAUUCAGAUGCAGAACUUUACAGCUCAACUCACUUAAACUACCAGAUGAAAAACUCUUCCAAAACAUCAUGGAAGAAAAAAGAUGCUGAAAAGGGGCCUCUGUCCUUCAGAUGUUUGAUAACUUGGAAAAAAAAAAACAAAAACACCAAAAACCAAACCCACGCAGGUGUCAUUUCCUAGAGAUUAAGUAUUUGUUGGGAGAAAUUACCAACAGCCUGUCAUUCAUCCCAAUGACAUUUUAAGCCACUCAUUCCUAUCACUCCAGCCUCAGAGGUAUCUUGUGGGAGUAUCUAUAGCCGCACUGCCCUUGGAGAGGCGGCAAUGCCGCGUCUGUUCAUGUCCCUCUGCGGCAGGUUUUCCUUUCCCAUAAAACAUCUAUACUUAAAGACAACAAGCUAAAGUGCUUUCCACCCAUGAACCAAGCUUUCACAGCUCCUUUCGAGAGACAACCAAAAUAUAUCAUCGCCUCUGGCUUUACAAAGAAUAAACUAAUGCCAGGAGCGAGGACGGUCUUUGCAAUCUGUUUGUAUAGCACCUGGCACCACGACUGACAGCCAGCCCCUAGUUAUGAUGGAAGGUGUUCGUAGAAACUUCCGAGAAGUCAGCUGCAUCAUACAGGAUUCUGAUGCCUCUUGUCCACAGAUCCGAGUCUGGCAAAUACAGUCCUCACGGUGACUUCCACUCUGGAAAAAAUACUGUUUUCCCAAGGACUGCAGCCGGCGGGACGUGCUGGUGAUGGGGAGGGCACUGAUAUGUUUUUAAAACAUAUUAGUGAGAAGAUUUCAUGUCUUCAUUUCUGAAGAACUUCAGACCCUUGCUAUAGCCCCUAUUUCCUGAUUAUUUGUAACUGAAGCUUCAGUUCUGCUCAUUGAGCCUUCCUGUUCCUGCUUUUCCUCUCUGUGAUUCAGUUUGCUGAAGCCCAUGUGGCUCUCUGCACCCCUCAACAGGGUUUUAUUAAGAAGCUAGUGAAUUCUGCCUGCGCUGUGUUUGGCGCUUGCCUGCUUGCUCCCAUGACAGUUUAUCUUCCUGACUGAAGAGUAAACUAGUUACAGUAGGUCUAACCAGCUUAUUAAAUCCUGCUGAAAUAAAAAGGAAAAAAUAAAAUAAAAUAAAAAAAAAAAGCGCCACUAGCUCUGUGGUGAAAAUCUCCAGUGAGAACAGGACUCCCCGAAGAGUCAAGAGUGUGUAAUACCCGUCACACGUACGUGUGACACCAACAAAUGUCCUCACGCGGCACUGUAAUUAAAUAGACUUGCACAAGCUA